AUGACGUACAGUACCUCUCCGGGGGCUAGCGGCCUACCACAACAACAGCAGGAUGACCAGCGGCGCCAUCAGAAGGUCUGUAGCAAGAAUUGUGGUACUUAUGCUCCCAGCAACACGACGUCGCCACCCGCAACAGAUGGUUGCUGUAUACCUCAAUGGCUUGGGCAUCCUCGAAGGUUGAAGUCUUACGCAGUCUUCGAGCCCUUCCCUGAGAUGGAAUACCGGAAAGUACAGAAGUUGGCUUCGGCUAUUCAUGGCAAAGUGUAUUUGUAUGAGCACAUCCCCACAGGCAAGGCAGUAGUGGUUAAAAAGAUGCCCAAUGUGAACGUGAUACAGUUCGACCCGAGGAUGCUCGAAGAUGCUAUGACUGAGAUAGGCGUGUCGAGGUAUUUAGCUACUAGCACGUCGGGCGAAUUCAUUGCAAGGGCGUUUGGUAUAUAUCAGGAUGAAGAGUUCACUUAUUUCAUGUCGGAGUACUCAUCCGGAGGGGAGUUAUUCGAUCAUGUGGUUAACGCUAAGCAGUUCUCGGAGCCUGUCGCCAAGAAGUAUACUUGGCAGGUAUUACGGGCGGUUAAGUCACUGCAUUGUAAUGGUAUCGUUCAUAGAGAUAUAUCCCUUGAGAAUACAUUGUUGCAUGAUGAUGGCUCGGUGAGGGUGAUAGAUUUCGGUCAAGCAGUGUUGUUGAACAAUCCUGAAGGUCCUACACCGAACACUCCUCUGUUGCAUUCGGGUAGGGCCGGUAAGGCAUAUUAUCGGGCACCCGAGAUGUAUCAUGGUCAUUACUUGGGAGCACCAGCUGAUCUCUUUGCUGCGGGAGUCAUGCUCUUCAUUAUGACAGUCGGUACGCCUCCGUGGAAUCAGGCCAGUGUUGCUGAUGCUCGCUUUCGCUACGUGGCUAAAUUUGGUGUGGUGAAGUUACUCACGAGUUGGCAGAAGGCGCAGCUCAUGUCUCCAGAGCUACUAGAUCUACUGGGAGGGCUUAUGUGUGUAGAUCCUGAGAAAAGGAUGACGGUCGACGAGGCUCUCGAUCAUCCAUGGUUCGACGAUUGCGAUUGUGAGGAGCAGCCUCUGAUUGUACACAGUCCUCGAAGUUUAACCCCGCCAUAA